AUGGCGAAACUGUUUGCCAAAAGAAUAAAGAUGGUCAUGCCAACUAUCAUAGAGGAAACACAAUUUUCUUUCAUUGAAGGUAGACACUUAUUGCAAAGUGCACUUAUUACCAAUGAGGUAAUUGAAGAAGCCAGAAGAAGCCACACACCAUGCCUUAUAUUCAAAGUUGAUUAUGAGAAGGCAUACGAUUCUGUAUCAUGGGAAUUCUUGAUGUACAUGUUGAGAAGGAUUGGAUUUAGCCCCAAGUGGGUUAAAUGGAUCGAGGGAUGCAUUAAUCUGCCUCAAUUUCAGUUUUGCGGAAGCUUUAACUGGGUUGAUGAGGAGAGCAAUGAUAGAAAAUUUGUAUACAAAGGUUUCUUAGUGGGGUCCAAUAAUGUUAGCAUCAGCUUAUUACAGUAUGCAGAUGACACUAUCUUAGUUGUAGAGGCAAGCAUGGAUAAUGUUAGAACUUUAAAGGCUAUCCUAAGGGCUUUUGAGCUAGUGUUAGGCCUAAAAAUCAAUUUUGCAAAGAGUUGUUUCAGAGCAUUUGGGGUAUCUGACCAGUGGAAGCAAGACGCGGCUAAGUACCUGAAUUGUAGUUUGUUGACUCUUCCUUUUGUGUAUCUCGGCAUACCUAUAGGGGCCAAUCCGAGGGUUCCAAAAUCAGUGGUGGACAAGUUACUAAGGUUGCAGCGUAGAUUCUUGUGGGGAGGUGGACUAGACCAUAACAAGAUUGCCUGGAUUAAAUGGGAGUCAGUAUGCUUAUCAAAAGAAAAGGGAGGUUUGGGCAUUAAGGAUAUUGACACAUUUAACCUUGCACUACUUGGUAAGUGGAAGUGGCAACUAAUGCAAGAAAAAUGGGAGUUAUGGACCAGAGUAUUGGAAUCCAAAUAUGGUGGAUGGAGGAAUCUUGACGAACCAGGGAGGGCAGGACACCAAUCUGUUUGGUGGAGGGAUCUAAACCAAGUUUUUAAUCACUCACACUAG